AAUUGAUGGAGAUUGAUCCAGCCCAGGACAAAGCUUUACAGAAAACCAGUGCUUCCGAUUUCGAGAGGUUUGGGAAUCUUCUACCAAGUACAGGAUAUGGGACUUUGAGCGCGACCACUGGUCUUCCAUCCUGGGCGUGGCUCUGGCCUUUUUGUCUUCUUGCCCACCCACGCCUCCUCGCCCCCGUCCCUGCCUUCUUCUCUUUCCUCUUGAAAGUAGCCUCUCUUUGGUGAUUUCUACCCUGUCCUCCCUUGCAAUUCUGCCCCCUCCCCUGCGGGGUCCGGUGAGGUCAGCUCAUGAAUAUCUGUGCACUUCCUGGGGAGCGUCUGGCACGGCUUGGUACCUCGCGUGUUCGCCUCCUCUGAGCCGCAGCUCCAGCCCAGCCGCGGACUGCCCGGAAGGAACUCGCUCUGGGGCUGCUGAGUCUGCACGUUAACGCCAUUGUUUGGAGAAAUCGAGUGGGUGUGGAAUUGGAGCGAGCGGGCCCAAAGUCGUGCUCAGCCAGAAAGUCGCAUAAUAUACUACGAAGUUAAACUUUCCUCGUCUCUGAAAGCCACAGUAAUAAACCCUGAGAUCCCUGGAAGAUCAAAAGGAAAGGCUGUUGAUUUGCAUCAACUUCGAAACAUCGCCUCUGCUGAGAAACUAGAAAGAACGGUUGGUGGCGGUGAGGAGGAAAGAGAAUGAUCCGGUGAUGGACCAUUCUAAAUCGCAUCCGGUAGAUUUUUCCUAGACUGCCAUGAGUCAGCCACCGACGGGGGGCGCUGCCCCUGCCGCCACCGCAGCUUCUGCCGCCACCGCUGCCACAGAAGCUCGCCUGCACCCGGAGGGCAGCAGCAGAAAGCAGCAGCGUGCUCAGUCACCCGCUAGACUGAGGGACAAUUCCGUCCGACAGACAACCGCGGCCACUCGGUCCCCGGCGGGGGCCGGCACUAAGGUCAAUUCUGUUCGACAGCAGCAGCUGCAGCAGCAGCAAGGCAACAAGACCGGGAGCCGCGCGGCGCCUGCGGCCAGCGCCCGAGGCGGCGGAGGCGGGGCGGAGAAGGCAGCGCCCCUGGCGCCCAAAGGGGCCGCGCCGGGAGCUGUCCAGCCCGCGCCUGGUGCUGAAGCGGCCCCCGCGGCGACCCUGGCCCCGGUGGGAGGCAGGAGGCCUGGCCCGUCGGAGGAGCCGCCCCGGGAGCUAGAACCCGUGUCCUCUAAACUCGGGGAACCCCCUCCGCUCGGGGAAGGAGGAGGAGGGGGUGGGGAAGGAGGAGGAGCCGGCAGCGGCUCCGGGGAAAGGGAGGGGGGCGCUCCGCAGCCGCCGCCGCCGCCCAGGGGCUGGCGAGGGAAAGGCGUACGCGCCCAGCAGAGGGGCGGCAGCGGCGGGGAGGGGGGCUCCCCUUCGCCAUCCUCCUCCUCUGCGGGCAAAACCCCAGGCCCUGGCAGCAGAAACUCCGGAAGCGGCGUGGUGGGGGGCGGCAGCGGUGGCGGAGGGAGCUACUGGAAGGAAGGAUGUCUGCAGUCUGAGCUCAUCCAGUUCCAUCUCAAGAAAGAGCGGGCGGCAGCGGCGGCGGCCGCGGCUCAGAUGCACACUAAGAACGGCGGUGGCAGCAGCAGCAGCCGCAGCUCCCCGGUCGCUGGCGCCCCUGCCGUUUGCGAGCCCCUCGCAGUCCCUUCCUCCUCCCCAAUGGCGGCGGCAGCAGAAGGCCCCCAGCAGAGCGCGGAGGGCAGCGCGAGCGGUGGGGGCAUGCAGGCGGCGGCGCCCCCUUCGUCGCAGCCGCACCCGCAGCAGCUCCAGGAGCAGGAAGAAAUGCAAGAGGAGAUGGAGAAGCUGCGAGAGGAAAACGAGACUCUCAAGAACGAGAUCGAUGAGCUGAGGACCGAGAUGGACGAGAUGAGGGACACUUUCUUCGAGGAGGAUGCCUGCCAACUGCAGGAAAUGCGCCACGAGUUGGAGAGAGCCAACAAAAACUGCCGGAUCCUGCAGUACCGCCUCCGCAAAGCCGAGCGCAAAAGGCUCCGCUACGCGCAGACCGGGGAGGUCGACGGGGAGCUACUGCGCAGCCUGGAGCAGGACCUCAAGGUUGCAAAGGAUGUAUCUGUGAGACUUCACCAUGAACUGGAAAAUGUGGAAGAAAAGAGAACAACAACAGAAGAUGAAAAUGAGAAACUGAGGCAACAGCUUAUCGAAGUUGAGAUUGCAAAGCAGGCUUUACAGAAUGAACUGGAAAAAAUGAAGGAGCUAUCCUUAAAAAGAAGAGGAAGCAAAGAUUUGCCAAAAUCUGAAAAAAAGGGUCAACAGACUCCCACAGAGGAGGACAAUGAAGACCUGAAAUGCCAGCUGCAGUUCGUGAAGGAAGAAGCUGCUUUGAUGCGAAAGAAAAUGGCCAAGAUUGAUAAGGAAAAGGACAGAUUCGAACACGAGCUGCAGAAGUACAGAUCCUUUUACGGGGACCUGGACAGCCCCUUGCCCAAAGGAGAAGCCGGGGGCCCCCCGAGCACCAGGGAGGCGGAACUCAAGCUUCGGCUGAGGCUGGUGGAGGAGGAGGCCAACAUCCUGGGCAGGAAGAUCGUCGAACUGGAGGUGGAGAACCGGGGCCUGAAGGCGGAGCUGGACGACCUGAGGGGCGACGACUUCAACGGCGCGGCCAACCCCCUCGUGAGGGAGCAGAGCGAGUCCCUGUCGGAGCUGCGGCAGCACCUGCAGCUGGUGGAGGACGAGACGGAGCUGCUGCGGAGGAACGUGGCCGACCUGGAGGAGCAGAACAAGCGCAUCACGGCGGAGCUCAACAAGUACAAGUACAAGGCGGGCGGCCACGAGAGCGCGCGGCACCACGACAGCGCCAAGACCGAGGCCCUGCAGGAGGAGCUGAAGGCGGCGCGCCUGCAGGUCAACGAGCUCAGCGGCAAGGUCAUGCAGCUGCAGUACGAGAACCGCGUGCUCAUGUCCAACAUGCAGCGCUACGACCUGGCCUCGCACCUGGGCAUCCGCGGCAGCCCCCGCGACAGCGACGCCGAGAGCGACGCGGGCAAGAAGGAGAGCGACGACGACUCGCGGCCGCCGCACCGCAAGCGCGAGGGGCCCAUCGGCGGCGAGAGCGACUCGGAGGAGGUGCGCAACAUCCGCUGCCUCACGCCCACCCGCUCCUUCUACCCCGCGCCCGGGCCCUGGCCCAAGAGCUUCUCCGACCGGCAGCAGAUGAAGGACAUCCGCUCGGAGGCCGAGCGCCUGGGCAAGACCAUCGACCGGCUCAUCGCCGACACGAGCACCAUCAUCACCGAGGCGCGCAUCUACGUGGCCAACGGGGACCUGUUCGGACUGAUGGACGAGGAGGACGACGGCAGCCGCAUCCGCGAGCACGAGCUGCUCUACCGCAUCAACGCGCAGAUGAAGGCCUUCCGCAAGGAGCUGCAGACCUUCAUCGACCGCCUCGAGGUGCCCAAGUCCGCGGACGAGCGCGGCGCGGAGGAGCCCAUAUCCGUGAGUCAGAUGUUCCAGCCUAUCAUUUUACUUAUUCUCAUUCUUGUAUUAUUUUCAUCACUUUCUUACACAACAAUAUUUAAACUUGUCUUCCUUUUUACGCUGUUUUUUGUACUGUAAACCUUUCCUCAUUUACCAUUCAUUGUAGUAUUUUCAGUUUGUUUGUUUUGUUUACUCUUCAAGACAAGAAGUAAAAGGAAUAUUAUUUCUGUAGUAACCAAUGCUAUAAAAACACUGAAGACUGCUUAUUUCUUUAAAAAGACACCUCUUACCACUACCAAAUUCAGUGUGAAGCCCACGCACUAAAAUAUUUCAGGUAAGGAAGUGUAACCUUUUUUUAAUAAAUCAUUUUAAUUGUUGCUUAUUUCUUUUACAUCUUGAUUUGUACUCUUCUUGAUAAAUAAUUGUAAGAAUGGCUGUAAAAAUUGACUAAAUCUCUCAGUUAUUUCUCAGUUGUUGACUUUGAUGAUAAUUCAAAAGCUGGACAAGUUGGUCACAUUUCAAAAAAAAUAGAGAUUUGUAAAGUACCUUAGCUAGCUUACAUCAGACUGACAAGGUAAUGUUUAUAUCCAAUAAAUAUCAAUGAAAAUUAUGAUGAACAAAUGAAAUGUGACCAUCAUGGAAACCACAUAAUUUGUUGCAAUGCUGAUGGUGUUCUGUCUAAAAAGAUGUGUGUGGAACCACGAGAGUGGAUUAAGCCUUAGUUCACUGAGGAGAUAAUUAUCCCCAUCCUACUGCAUUAGACCAGCUUCCAACCAAAUCAGCAAUUUCUGCAUUUACCUGUUAAAUUUGGAGUUCUGUCCUCUAUAAUAGAUUACCACAAAGAACUGCCUCCGGAGCAAGAAAUAUGCAAGAACUAUAGUAUGUGAAAUAUUUUGAGUAGGGAAAAAUAUAGUCAUUCUCUAGAAUUUCAUUAAAUCACAAUCCGAGGCCAGUAGCAUAGUUCCAGUGGGAGUUGCUCUCUAGACAUAAACUUACUUUGGUGAACCUGAACAUCCCCCUUUCUCCUCCUACCUGAAGUGGCCUGGAUAGGUUCCAUGUACCCAAAAGGCCCUAUUCUGUCCGUCUUGUUGACAUUUUACCCAGUGGAAAGCUGGAAUGCACCACUGCCACCAAGAUUCAGAGAUGCCAGCACUCAUUUAAGUCAUAUACUUGGAAAUACUUGCAGGUUAGUUGGUGGAUAUGAAAAUCUGUGGUAAAGUGAAGUAUCUUGCACCUCAGGAUAAAGAAUAUGUGGAAAAUCUUUGCUCUCUUACAAAAAUUGGUACUAGUAACAAUCUUUUGAAUCCUGGUGCCCUAGUAUAUCCAUUUCCCUUUGAGUAUUAAUUUAAAAAAAAUUCACAGUAGUUGAAAAUUCAGUUUAAAAUAGCUGCUCUUAAUCUCCAUGUUUUUAAAUUUCUUUUUGGUUUUUAUUUCUUUUCGUUUUGCGGGGAGGAGAGACCUGGAGUGAGGCGUGGCCCCCAGCAUUUGGAAUCUGUCACUACGUACCUCUGGCUUUUCGUCUGAGAGGUUCAAAAGGCUAGGUAGAACUUCAUGACAAAAAGGAGUGAAAUAACAUAAGUGCUAUAUUUAAUCAGUUAUUCAAGUGUUUACUUUUUAAAAAAAAUUCAUCUCAGGGAAAGCAACCACUUUAAAAAUCAAAAUUUGUCUGUUAGAUCCUUGAUAAGCCUUUAGACCACCAUCUCAGAGGAAGUUUUGGCAACAGAACUGAAAGGAAAUGUUUGAAGGCUGAAAUUUAUCUGAAAUGUUUAUUGCCUUUGGAGCCAGAUACACCCAGCUAGGCAGUGAUUCUCACCUAUCUCUGAAGCAUUUGGUAGUUUACGGAGGCGUUGUGGGUUGUCACAGUGACUAGGAAGCUCUAUUGGCAUUUAGAGGAAAGGGGUCAGAACUUCAAAUAAUUGUCCUGCUCAAAUUGCUGAGAUUGUCCCUGUGGGAAAGUGUGGUGUGCAGUGCACUUGUUCACUUCAGAAAUAUCAUGGAUAUUCACUACCCUGUGUGGCUUUAAGAAACUGGCUUCAGAAGUUUAACUUUCUUAAUCAUAAGAAUCAAGAACUAAAUAUCUGAAUCAGUGGUUUUCAACCCUAGGUGCCCAUUAGAAUUCCUGGGGUGUUUUUAGAAUUGAGACCCUACUUCACACUAAUUGAAACUGAAUGUACAGAUCGAGGCAUUUAUAUUUUUUAAAACUCCCAAGAACCACUGCUUUAGAAGUUUGAAUUAUCUAAAAUAUGUAUACACAGCCUAUACCAAGGUUGCAGUAAAAACUGUAUGGUACUAGCUAUGUAGAACCAUCAGUUGUCUAGGUUUGAGUAGACUUUAAAGUUCCAGCCGUUCAGUAGAGUCCACAUCCUCUCUAGAGCAUUUCCGCCUUGGUCAUAUGGCCUUUGCCAGAAGACCCCAAUGACAAAGCAGUUCUAUUUUUCACACUGGUGAUAGUGUUGGAAAACUCUCCUUUCAUUAAUACAGGUUCUUGAAACCAACAAAAUGAGAGACGACAAAUAGGAAUAAUACAUGACAGAAAGGAGAACCAAGAUGAAUAUUGUGUGUGUGCAAGGUUACACACACACCUGGAGAUACAGGCACACAUGCACACUGAAUUAAAGCCUCCAGAUGAUCCCACACACCCCCCCUGACAAGCCACCACUUUGUCAUUAUACAGUUAUCUCUGCCACAAAGCUUCCCUGUGUCAAUCCAAAGAAAGGAUAUGGUAUGCCACAAAUCCACCAGGAAUGAUGGAUGCCUGCUGAAUCUACCCUCCAAACCAAGAUGAGAAAGCAUAGACAAGAGAUGUGAGAAUGGAGCAAAAAGAUAGAGCACGGCUCCUUUGUCUCUUAGCAAACAUUGUGAAGUGUUGGCUAUGUCAGGUAUAGAGGAAAGUGAGGCUCAGUUCCUACUCUUUUAGAGCAUUCGAUUGCUUGAUUAACCAGGACAGACAUGUAAGCAGCUAACAUGUACUCUUACUGAAGUGCGAAAAAAAGGCUUGUGGUUGCAAUUUAUUGUUUAUUGGACACCUGAUAGCGUGUAAGGUUUCCCUAAGAAAACACAGUAAAAUUCCUAGGCAUUCUUGGAUGGAAUGAUGCCAUAAAUAAAUGCAGGGGUGGUAUAUAUACCUCAACGAUAUCUUGUGACCUGAAUAAGAAAGGAGAGGCUAACCAAGAGAGGUCUUGCUCCCAAAACGCCAGCCUCGUCUUCAGAUCUCUUGUUAGGAAUUAAAGUCAUGCUGGCAAUAGGAGUAUUAAUCUUACCUAUGAACUCCUAAGGCAUUGAUUUUAUAGAAGAAUUUCGUGAGAAUCAUAAGCUCCUUCCAGGCCCUCCAUAUAUGGAACCCCAGUAAGAGAUUGGGGAGAGGAAACAGGACUGACUUGGCUACUGCUCACAGAUUCUGGAGCAUCUGGGGUCGUUCUGACAGCUCCUCUGAAGUUAGUGAGGCAACUGUAUAGUCAAAUUCCAGGGAGGCUCUUUCCAACUCUGCCCUACCCACUGCAUAGCUGAAUUCCCAGUUUGUGCCUGCUUGAAUGCACACACCUCUACCACACUGUGGUGUGCAAUGAGAGAUGCAUUCAACAUCAGGGAAUUCAGACCUGCCUCUAUCUCGGGGGACUGCUGGGGGCCAGUAGCUGGGAGGUGGUCUCAGCAAACUGCCAGCGGGCACCAAGUGACCUUGUCCCUUGCCUUCUUCUCCCUGGAACUUCAGCUGUUCUGUGGGCAAUCAGGAGCUAGGGUGCAUCUUUCCUUUACAUCACAGGACAUAGACUUGGGGAGAGAAGUUAACAAGGCUGGUGCCCAAGAGCUUAGAAAGAGAAUCCCCAGCAUGUCUUUCCCCUCCUCCCCUUGGAUCCUGUUACUCACAUGAUCUUUGUUGUGUAAAGCUAGUUCUAAAAGAACACUCAGGCUGCUUUGUUCAUCAAGAGAACAAAAAGUCCUCCAGUUAUUGAGACAAAGAAUCUUCUCCUGUUUGCACCUUGAAGCUGUGCUGUUUAAACAUCAUGCUAAAAAUAAAUUCAAACAAAUAAAUCUUAUUGUAGAAAAUUCCCUUACAUGCACAUUCUUGGGUGUAGGAAGAAAUGUCUUUGGUAAUUUGGCCUAGAUUUAAGAAAAAAAGAAUUCAGUUGGCUAUUUUUAAGCAUAAUUGACUCAAACUCCUAAAUCAAAAGAAAAUUCAGUGCUGAGCCUGGAAUGUGUAUUGGCCUGUGUUCCCCAACCUUCGCUUCAAUUUGUGUGGUAGAGUGGGAUACAGUUAUUUAAUCAGCCGCCAGUGAAGUUUGGAAUGUCAGUUUGGUAGCUAAACCUUAACUCCAAAUAUUCAUGCAGGGGUCGUAGCUAUAGUCUUAGAGAAUUACAGUCCACUUUCAUCCGGUAGAGUUGUGCUUGGGGUCAGAUGCCCUAAUUGAAUUCAAGGAUUGAAGAGAAAGGUGGUGGAGGAUAGUAUCAGAAAGUGAGAAAAGUUGACUGUUUAUUAAUCUACUGGGAUUUAGUAGAGUUCAAAAACAAUGUUCAUGAAGACAGUGCUGCUUAAACCCUGGUUAUAAACCAGUUAGGUCUAAUGAAAGAUAGUUUUAAUUCUAUUUUGUAAUUUUGAUCUAGCUUUUGAUAAGGGAAGUGAUUGCGUACACAUGUUGAUGAAAUUAACAUUUCAUGAGUAGGUCUUGGGUUCUCAACAGCCUGCUUGUGGAAUUGCAGAGGGAAACUCAUUCAGAGUAAGAAGGCUUUAUGGCCUGGCCAUGGCAGGAAAACCUUUGUAGUUACAGUAGUAGAUGUGGUAACAUACUCAAUGCUUCUAAACAGUACUUUUGUGUUGAUCAGUUGGGAGAGGAGGACAUGGUGUUAGCUGUUUUAAAUGUUGGCCAUUCUAAAGUGUGUGUAAAAUCAUAGAAUCUCUACAAGUCCUUUCCAUGUAACUUAAUACAUACUUUUUAGUCCAUGCCGUCUCUGUUUAGGGACUCACUUACUCUAAACUACUCACUUGCAGUUUUAAGAGAACAUUGUGGCUGUUCUAGGGAAAUUGUGGGUAGUUUUUAAAUCACUUCCAGGAACAACUUUCAAGUAGAGUAGUGUUAUGGCCUCACUUGGUCAGAGAAUAGGAGCAGCCUCUUAAAAAUAAGAAGAAACUUCAGAAAUUUCCACCUUUCACUGCCCGCUGUUAAGCCAGGCUGUGUUGUCCUAAAGACCCUCAUCUUAUCUUGUAUCUCAGAUAUGUAUGGUUAAUUAACUUAAAUGUAGUGACAUUUCCUGAUUAUACAAUUUCAUUGUUACAAUUAUAAAAGGUUUUUUAGCUCAUAGAUGUAUGAGUUUUCCUAUAGCUAUUUUUCAAAAUAAGGUAUCAUCAAAACCCAACAUCUGAAAAUAAAAUUGCAAGAUUUUAUAAAUUCAUAAAAUUUACUGUGACAUAAGAAUAUAUAAUUAGUGGUUUUAGCAAUUAUUCAGACUUUUCAAAAAAAUUCAUGUAACUUCAUUGACUUGUGUAUUAGAAUGUUUCUUUGAAUGUUGUCUAAACCAAAAUUUCUGU